UCAUCGUUACAUGCGAACCUCGUUUGGAUAGUCGACAGAAACUUUUAUCGAUUCUUUAAUUUCAGAUUAAAUUUUAUGUAGCAAUGGCUGAUGAAGACUGGGCGGCCGAAGUAGACGAACAGGAGCGUGAAAUCUCUGGCCAGGUAAGCUGUGUUUUGCACGCGGACAAGCUUCAUCUCUGAGACACGUGUGGGAAAAAUAGAAUCGGUUUGCUGAGAUCUCCGGCCUCGAAGCAUGUGUUGUCACGUUUUAUGAUAGUUUUUGCGAACUGUGAUCUGAACUAAGGUAGGGAAAUGUGUGAAGUGUUAAAGGCCAAGUAAUUCUGGAUAAUCCUUUCGUUGGUAUUCUUUUUCUGUCCGUAUUUCGUGGCGAACUCAGUGUGCAGCUCAGCUAACUGUUAGCUAUGUACGCACAGGAAAGCAAAAUUUUACUUUCCGGGAAAAAGAGAGCCAUGUUUAUUUGCGGAAGUAACUUAACUCGUAUUCUUGGAAAAUAGUUUGUGUCUAAGAAACUUUAAGGCAUCUAUAGUCGUAGUAAACUUACUACCUGGUGGAAAAGUUGAGGUUCUUAGCUCGGUAGAAUGUAUGUGCAGAGGCACCUGAAUGACACAGGAUUCAUUCAUUGACAUAAAAUUUACUAGAACUUAAGGUUUAACACAUAUUAAACUGUGUUUUCUGCGUAACAGCAUGACAAACAAUCCGUUUAUUGUUUUCCAGUUCUUCACUACUUUUGAAACUUUUUCAGUCUGUCAAAUAAUACAAGUGUAGCUGUACUUGAUCACUUAAAGUUAUUUUUCACAAUAUUUGAAUGGAUCAGUCAUUCUUCCUGCUCUUAGAGAAUGAGGUAAUUGUGUGAUACAUUAUAAUAAAAUAAGACUGACAAGACUGCUGUUAUUUUGAUAUCUUCACUUGUAGGUCAAUAAACUCAAAAUUGACAGUAAUAAUCCUGUACCACCUUCUGAACAAAAACCACCUCAAGAUGACAAUGGUAUGAUUCACCUUAUAACAUAGAGCUACAUGAUCCUAUGAUCCCAGUGUUACUCACUAUUUAUCAAUAUUCACCCUUUAACUCCCAGAUUAAAUUUGUAAUUCUCCUUACUGUCAACCAUAAAAUUCUUUUAAUGUUAGUUCAGAGAGUUAAGUAUGGGAUCAAUUAGUCAUCCUCAAAUUGAUAUUUUUCUUUACUCUCAUCACUUAUCUGGUUGAUAUUGUAUUGAUAUUGUAAGGAGAAAUUUUGUCUUGGUCACUCAUGGGAGUUAAAGGGUUAAUUGAGAUGUAUAGCAAUGAAUAUGCAGCUGAUAUACAAACAUAAAGGAGGUAAGUUUCCAAAGAAAUUAUGGUGGUGUGUCACUGGGGGAGUAUAACAAGAUAAUUUUGGUUUCAUCAACUGAGUUUCUAAUGUAAAAUGUCUGCCAUAAAGAGUUUAAAAGCUGAUUUUUUGAGGAGUUAGCUCUUCAUCCUUUGCUCUGACGAAGAAAAACUAAAGGGCUAAUGUUCAGAACGUCAGCUUUGAAACUCUUUACCAAGGCCAAUUACAUUAUUACUCAGUUGAUAAAACCAAAUUUUCUUAAUGCACAGACAAUGACUGACCUAUGGAGCCCUCUUUUCGGAGCAAGGCAGAUUUUAACCCUUUAACUCCCAUAAGUGACCAAGACAGAAUUUCUCCUUACAAUAUCAAUACAAUAUCAAGCAAACAAGUAAUGUGAAUAAAGAAAAAGAUCAGUUAGGGGAUUAUAAGGUGAUCUAAUACCAAAUUCUGCAAACUAGCAUCACAAGAACUGUAUGGCAGACAGUAAGGAGAAUUACUAAAGAGAUCUUGGGAGUUAAAGGGUUUAAGGAUUGAUUUUCAAUGUAGUAGUUUAAAUAUUGCAUCAGGAGAAAUUCCCCUCUUUUGUGUUCUAUUGGAUGCACACACAUCAUGAACACAUACAAUGAGAAAAUGAAGCAAUUUUGCAAAAUUAACAUGAGUUGCAUAAAAUUACUAGUUAUGGUAUGAUAUGCAUGUGACAUGUUGGUGAGAAAAAUAAGAUAACUGAAAGAAUUUCACCUGACAAGAAUACUUUCCAGUUUUGGUUGCAUCUUGUCGCAUCAAUCUUUGACCAAUUGCAAUGAAAUAGGUAGUUGGAGACCAUUGCACUGGUAUGCUAAUGUUAAUAUUGACUUUUCACUUAACAGAGACUGCAGAGGCUGCGGCAGAGGCUUCCUUAUUAAUCAAAGUUUUGAGGAAUAAACUGGUCCAGAAUAAGAAUGAAGUUGAAGUGCAAAGGAAUGAUCCAAACUCUCCACUUCACUCGGUCAAGUCAUUUGAUGAAUUACCUCUGUAUGUAUGCCUUCAUUUCAAGUCUUGAUAUGAAUUUACAGAAGCUUAAUCCCAUGAGGACAUUCUUUUAUUGUUUUCUUCACUGUGAGACUCAUAAAAAAUCAAAAAACAGAAUGUGUAUGGAAUUUUAUUGUGUUUUAAGGAAAAUGUCAGCUAGGGGUGGGAAAACUGGACCAUAAAUGGCAAUGGUAACAAUGGUUUGAGAUUUUGAGAUUUGUUUGCAAAACAUGGUUGGUCAGAUAUUGAUUAAUAUUGGUCAGAAUCAAAAAAAUUGAGCAAACCAUUCUCUGAGUUUUUUUUAAAGCAAAAAUUAACAUUUAUUGAAAUUUGUCUCUCCAAUGCAGACUGAUGUUAAAUUACCCUUAUUGCAGUUAAUAUGCCACACCCUGAGUUUAGAAACUCAAAUUGUGAAAAAAAUGUUUUUUAAAAGAAAUCCACUAAACUACUAGUGGAGUCUUGAGAAAGUUGCUUCAUUUUGGUUUCUCCAACAAAUGCGCACAUGCACAAAUUCUCCUACAUUGAAAACAGGAAUUCUUUGAAUCCUUACCAAUAAUUUCAGAUGAAAUGAUAUGUACAUCAUAUCUUUUAACUUAGACUUAUGUUUGAUCAUAUAUUGAUAUUGUUCAACCAGUAUCUUUUUCACUCCCGUCAGACUUUCAAUGUGUACAAUUUUUAUGUAAAUCAACUGGAAAUUUGUUCUUUUGUUAGGUUGUUGUUAGCUUAGUGCUAAGGCAUUUGAUACAGACUUUGAAAUUUUCUAUUACUAGUUUUAACCUAUUGAUGGUUGAAGCAUGUUUUCCAGAUGUUCUCUUGGACCCUAAAUUUGUUGCUUUAACUUGAAUUAUUUUGUGAUUGUCAUAACAACUUUCUUUAUGAUUAUUAAUGAUACUUUUAGUUCUGAUUUUGUUGGCUUGAAGAUUGAGCUCUAAAUGUUAUGAAAAAUGGUUUCCUUUAGGUCUGAACAACUGCGUAAAGGAGUUUACGCCAUGGGCUUUAAUAAACCAUCCAAAAUUCAAGAAACAGCCUUACCCAUGCUCUUAGCAGACCCGUGAGUAUUCACAAAACAUGUUUUGAAAUAGUGUUAACUUGUUGGAUUUUAUAAUGUGCUUGUUUCUUGUUUGUGGAAUAUCAAAAAGACAUUUAAGAAAGAAAAAAAAAGAUACUUCUAUAUACUUAGAGAAUAACACAUGGGCCAGUGUAGAUAUCGAACUUCUUUGCAAGUGUUCAACUCUAUAUAUUAUGACUUAAUGAAUGGCAAAUGCUCUGUCAUUCCUUUAUCAACCUGACAGGUCUGACAGAAUGGUAUGUCAGCAGCUGAUGUGUCAGCAGCUAAUUGGCAAUAUUAAUUUUACACAUGUGUAGUUACCACUUUUCUCAGGGCUGGCAACCCUUGUGAAACACCGCAGGUCAUAUGAUUAAAAUGAAUUUAUGCAUGUCCUGUUCAAAUGAUGCCUGAUUGUACUUGUAAAGUCCGCCUACAAGAGGGCAUAGUAAGAUUUUUCGUCAUGAUUCAAUCAAGACUGAAGAGCUUACCCUGCCUUCUAUGCCUGUUUUUAUAUUGCUCCCCUUGGCUGGGAUACACUUAUCAAGUGUAACAAAUUAUCCCAUGAAGAAAGACUCUGUGAGAGUUAACCCUUUUACUGGGAAGAUCCAAUAGUUUUUCAGCACGCCACAGUAGUGUAUUUCUAGCAAGGAUUUGAUAAUUGCUUCGCAUCAUCUCUCUAUUUUUUUCAGGCCAAGUAACAUGAUUGCUCAGUCACAAUCAGGAACUGGAAAAACCGCUGCCUUUGUGUUGACUAUGCUUAGCAGAGUUGAUGCUACAAAGGCCUACACACAAGUAGAUAACCACAUAUUUCUAUCAUAGCCAGCAAUGCAGUUGUCUUAUUAGGGGGAGUUAACGUUACAAGCUCAUGAUCGUUAAUCCACUGGAUGUCAGUCACCCCAUUUAUUACAGAUUUCUUUCUCUCUCCAGCCUUCCACUGCUGUAAAAAUCAAAACAUGGCAGCAGAAAUUUUCACCAAGAAAAUACUGAGCUCUUGCUUGCCAAAAUUACGCCUGUUCUACAGGCUAUUUCUAUCUUGGUGAUUUUUAUAAAACCAUAGUAGUAAUUUUCCAAAUGGAUGGUUAAAAGUUCUUGAUUUUUCAGAUGAAGGAAGAUAAUUAUAAAAUGAUAAAAAUUGCAUUUUUUCACAGUUAAGUUUUACACAUGCUGAUUGAAAUGUUCUUGUCAAAUAUGUAUUUGAUGUAAUUAGAGGUGUGCAGUGGGUUAAUAAAAAUGAAGGUGAAAAAAAAUAAUGAUUUUGAUGUAGCAGUUACCAUUUUCCAUGGUUUCAUGUUGUUUGUUUUCAGGUGGUGUGUUUAUCACCAACAUAUGAGCUGGCAUUACAAACAGGCCAAGUUGCUGAAAAAAUGGGACAGUUCUGUCCAGAGAUCAAAAUCGGUUAUGCAGUGAGAGGAGAAAGAGGUGAGAAAUUUUAUCAAAAAAAUAAAACUGCCAGCCCUUUAGACCCUACAUCAGUAUGAAAAUUCUCCCCACUGUUCUGUAUACAUUUUCUUAAGUGCUGAAAAGGAGAAUUUGUUUAGCAAUCAGAGGCUUCUUUAGUUGGUGAUCAUUUCCUUAAUUCUUGUGACCUUAAUGUGUGAUCCAAGGUGAUUUUGUUAGGAGAAAUUAAAUGCUCAUCACUCUCAGGGGUCAAAGGGUUAAUAGCCAAGAAAUACUGAUUUAGUGAGUUCCCUUGAAACAAAAGACGUGCAAUUAUUAGCAAAGCAAAUUCUUGCCAAAUGUAAAUCUAAAAAGAGCAGCCUUUUUUACUGUUACAUUAAUAACAGAACCAUUCUUUUUUUAACAGUUUCAAGAGGCCAGAAAGUAACAGAUCACAUAAUAUUUGGAACACCUGGCACCCUCCUUGACUGGAUUUUAAGACACAAAGUUCUGGAUCCAAAGAAAAUCAAGAUGUUUGUGUUAGAUGAAGCUGAUGUCAUGAUUGCUCUACAGGGACACCAAGAUCAGUCAAUUAGAAUACACAAGUAAGUCUUGAGCUUCAUAUUUAAGGUGGAUAGGUCACUGUAAAGUGAAGUUGCUUCUCUCCCCCUCCCCCUUUGGAUGCAAUGGUGGCAUGUGAAGCAUUUCACAAGGUUUCCCUGACAGUUGGGAGAUGCAGUGUCAGUGCGAUGGACUCGGGGUCCAGAGGUGCAGGUUUAAGACCUGGCUGCAUCAUUUUGUUGUGUUCAUGGUCAAAAUACUUUACUCUCACUGUGCCUCUUUCCAGCCUGGAUUACAAAUGGGUGCUGGAAAAUGGUCUGGAAAGCCUGAUUAAAUUUUGGGGUGGGGGGUUACCUCACAAUGGACUGGCAUCCAUAAUCCUCCAAAUUGUUUCAUUCUAGGCAAAUGAAAAAACUGCAGCUGGAUGAGCCUUUGGUUUGAGUACAAACUUUACCUUAUGUCCCUGAUAUCACUUGGUGUAAGUCUAAAGUACUGUGAGGGGAAACUGUGUUUCUUACCAGCACAACUAAGACUAGAGCUUGAACCUGAACCUCUCCAUCUAGAGGUCAGCUAAGUCCAGGCUUAUCAGUGUAGGCUGCAAUGAGAUAAGUAAAAGUUUAAGUCUGCACUCAAUCCAAGUGGCCUACAAGGUACUGGAGCUUAUCCCAUUUUUCUUAGCAUGAAGUGACCAGAAAUAUUGCUACUCUCCCCUGGAUGAGAUUUCAGUCCACAGGGUUACUGCGCAGUAUUUCAUCAGGCUUCCUUGACAGUUCACUUCCACCCUUUUUAUACUCCUGGGUGGAGACAGGCACUUUGAGAUUAACAUGACCUAUCCUGGAAAAAACUAAAUGACUCAGCCAGGUCACAAGUCAGGAACUCUUGAGCCAGAGUCCAGCACACUAACAUCUCCCCACUUGUCAAUGAGAUGAUGUACAGUGCAGAUAUUGUUCCCUUACUUUCCUUAUCUCAGAAUAUCCCCAAGAGCUUGAUUAAGGUAUUAAGCAAUGUUCCUUUGCUUCCAAGGACUUUACCCAAAGACUGUCAAAUGCUGCUUUUUUCUGCAACAUAUGAUGAUGAGGUGAUGAAGUUUGCAGAGUCUGUCGUACCCAGUCCAAUGGUGAUUCGACUACGUCGUGAAGAGGAGAGUUUAGACAACAUUAAACAGUACUAUGUUGUGUGUCGGAGUCAAGAGGAGAAAUUUCAGGCCCUUUCAAACAUGUACGGAGUGGUGUCUAUAGGACAGUGUAUUGUGUUCUGUCAGGUAAGUAUGGUUAACACUGCCAAACCUUAUCCUCUUCUCUAGAACUGUGUCAACCAGUCAAUGACUCUAAAUGGGUACAGUUGUGACAGGUUAUGGUUGUUGUUGACAGUCCUGAAUCUUAGUGUGCAUUUUACAAUUUGAACAGUGUCCUGCCCUUUUGGACCAAAAGUCUAGGAUGGCAUUUGAACUUUGGCAUAGAACAGUGCACAUGUGUGAACUGUGAUUCUGGGCCUUGACAUCCUGUUGGAUUAUAUUGUAUUAGAUGCAUUUCUACAAUGUUGAUAUUCUCAAUGUACGCAUUUUUUUGUACAAAACAGGGUAGCAAAAGGAAUAGAUUUUGUUUUGAGAAAGGGAAAGGGUCUGAAGGCCUAAUGCACAUCAUCCUCAACAUUCCAAGGAUUUUAAGGGGAAAUUGCUUUGCCUGAGUUUGAGUUCAGGUUUAAAGUGUGCUGCUAAGGCUGUACUUGAUGAAUUUUGACAUCAACCAAUUGACCCCUGAGAGUGACCAGCAUUUAAAUUCUCCUUACAAUAUUAACCCUGAAUUACACAUUAAGGUUACAAGAAAAAAGGAAGUAAUCAUAAAAUUAAAGAAGCUCUUGAUUGUUUAACCAAUUCCCCUUGUUAGUGCCAUAAAGAAUGCAAGGUGAACAGUAUGGAAAAUAUGCUUACAGGGUUUGGGUGUAAAGAGUUCAAAGAGGUUUUAUUAUUUCAGACCCGUAAGGCAGCCUCAUGGCUGUCACAGAAAAUGAGCCAGGAUGGACAUGCUGUGGCACUGCUAUCUGGUGAGAUAACAGUGGAGCAGAGGAUUGCAGUCCUAAACAGAUUCCGUGAAGGCAAGGAGAAGUUGCUCAUCACAACAAAUGUCUGUGCCAGAGGUAUAGAUGUCGAGCAGGUAAAGAACUAGCUUGUGUAUGUGAGACACAAAUACUGAUAGUAGGUGUGGUUAAGGGGGUCCUGUCUUUCUGCUGUUUCAUUUAUCACAAUUAAGGUGUUAGGUUUUUAAUGGCUCAUGUUUUACUUGAAGUGAUUCAGGGAUUGUCAGAAUAACAAAUAAUGGGUUAAGCUCCCCCCUCCCUCAAAAAAAAAAACCCACCCCCACCCCACGGUAGUCACAGGUAUUUUUUCAGGUCAGGUGAUCGUAGGGUGUCAAGAAAAAUGAUUUGUCAUGGUGACACAAUGAGUUGUGUUCCCAAAUGUCUGGAAGACUCUUGUGGAGGACUUCUUCCUGGCAAACAUCUCCCCUGCCCAAGCAUCAAUACUGGUUACACCCUUAUUUGGAGAAAUUAACUUGUAAAAGUGAAACAAAGGUUAGCCAAUACAGCAAGGGGUGGGAGGGGGGGUGCUGCUGAAAGCUAGUGUCAGUGAUGCAGGCUUUUACAGGGUUAGGGGGCAUAUUUCCUAAGUUGAGGGGAAGGAGGUCUUUAUAAAAAAGCUGUCAGUUGAAUGAUAAGAUUUGGGUUUCUUUCGCAGGUGACAGUUGUGGUUAACUACGACAUGCCAGUGGAGCCCACAGGCAAACCGGAUUUUGAAACGUACCUACACAGAAUUGGUCGGACAGGCAGGUUUGGCAAGAGUGGCAUCGCAGUGAACUUUAUUGAUGGUCAGCGGUCUAUGGCAACCAUGAAGAAAAUUGAGGUACAUUUUGGGAGAAAAAUUACACUUCUCGAGACCAAUGAUGUUGAUGCAUUGGAGAAACUUGCAUAACAAGACAUGUCUCUAUUGCCCAUAGAGUUUUACCAAAACAAGACGACGUCCGUUUCAGAUGCACUUAAAAAGUUCUCCAUCUUAAGGAUACGUCGCCCAUUUGAUAGCCAUGAUCUUCAGUUUGUUUGUUCCCAUUUUGAACCCAAUAAACUCGAGGGUUUGCUUCCUCUCUCAGCCAAUCAAAUCGUAUGACAGUGACUUUACUUUCCCUUCAUUUACACGUGUAGUUCCUAGUGUUUUGAUUGGCUUAGAGCAUUGGAAUAUAGAAAAGAUAUUUGUUGUUGCCUCUUAACCCUUCAACAUCCAGCAGUGAGUGACUCAAAACUUCUCCCUGUAAUAUCUUUACAUUAUCCAGCAAACAGGUAAUGAGAACACUCAAACUUAUCAGGUUGAAGUUAUUGUGGUCUUAAACCAAAUUCUUCAAACCAACUUACGAGAAAACGUUUAGGGAAUUAAAGGGUUAAAAUGGAUUGUAUUUUACUUUCUCUUUCCACGUCAUUCGCUGUUGAUUGGUUACUUAAAAACCUUUUUAUAGAAAGGCUAAUUAAAAAUAGUUUUAAAGCAAAGGGACUUCCUUUUAUCUUGUUCCAAACCUGUAUUAAAGGAAAUCUGUUGUUUAGGAAUUACAUGUAGAACUUAAACCCUUUGAGUGUGGUAUUGGAUCAACUGAUAAUCCCCUUAUUGAUAUUUUUCUUUAUUCUCAUCCCUUGUCUGCUUGAAAUUGUAUUUACAUUGAAUGGAGAAACAACGUCUUGGUCACUUGUGGGAGUGAAAGGGUUAAAGCCGAGACUUAACUGGUUAGAACGAUCUCUUUUGUGUUUGACAAAUCAACAGCUUCUUGGGUACUGCGACGGCAGUGAUGUUCAUUAUGUGUUGUCGAUAUUUUUUUAUGUCUUUUCUGUAUUACAAAAUAAAAAAGCUGUUGUUGGCAAUGAAGUGAAUGAGAAACCACCGUACAGAAAUCAAGCUUCAAAUAUGUUUAUUGUUCAAAUGGACAAUUUUUCCUUAGAACUUGUUCUUAGCAACUAGACUAUAGAUAUAUUUCAAUUUAAAUUCAUAACUAUAAAUUUACUAUUUUACACCUUGAAAUUGAAUUUCAACUAAUCCCAUAGUUAUCGUUUGACAUUUGAGAGAGACAAAGACAGCCAGUUUAUACACAGCGCUAACAUAGAUUGUGUAAACAUGAUCUUUGUUGAGAGUAGCCUGCGGCUCAAGGUUUUUUUCUUCCUUUGUUGUGUUCAUCACGCGAACAAAGGAGGGCGAAAAAAAACGCGGGAACGCAAAAGCCGUUCCUUUCAUCUUCUUUUUCGCUCUUCGAGCGAAAAUAUGAACAAUGAGCACAUAUUUUAUUACACGUUCUCUGAUGUUAGCAAACCUGUUCGAGUACGUUUAUAUGGCACACAUUUCAUCGAGUAAUCGCGAGGAAUGUUUCAGCUGCUUAUAGCCAACUUGGAGUAAAAACAAAGUGCCGAUUUUGGUAGAUCAGCAAUGAAACGAUAAUGAUCUGUCUUAGCAUACGGACAGGCCUUCAAUAUUAGUGCUGCAGGACGAGUGUUUCUACACCAAAGAGUAAGUUUAGGGCCUUCAGCAUAGCGGGCCAGCAAGCAGUCUAAAAGGGAUCUGGCACUAAUAAUGGAUUAUCAGUGCCAGACCCAUUACAGACCUCACGCUCACCCGCGUCACUCAAGGCGACAGAACUAUUCGCGGGCGAAUUCGCUCGCACUGAAGAGCUAAUAAUGUAGGUUUGUUCGCAGGCUAGAUAUGAUUUUCUUCUCUUAUUCUCGUGCCAAGCAAUCUGUAAAUCUUGUGUUAUUUAAGUCGCUGAGUGUUACGUUUAAAGUGUUUAUUUAUAAACUCUCUGACUUAUUACCUUAGGAACUGCCUCCAUCGAUCGACAAAAUCUUUUGAUACUGCGCAGGCAAUGAACGGAUCCUAAUAGAAAGGAGGAAAGGUGUUUUUCAUUACUAGAUUUAGUGGCAAAAUGCCAAAAUGGCAGUCUCACACUGUAAAAAAGGAAUUCAAUACAUUCCUUUUUCCAAAUUUUUCGAGAAUACGAACAAAUCGAGAGACUGGGAAUUUCGCGUCUGCCAUGAAGAUACAGGCAUCCAAUUUUUUACCGCCAUGUUUGAGCGCUAUCUUGUGCCAAACUCAGCGUGGGAAGGACGUAGCAGCGCUGUUCCUUUUUUCUGCCAUUAUUUCGGCUUUGAAUUGACAAAUGCUAGUUAAGGUACUUUUGCAGUUAUACUUAAUCCUUUAAUCCCUAAGAAUGACCAGCAUCAAAUUUCUCAUUUCAGUAUCACUCUUGCAUCACACUUUAAGGAAAUGAGAAUAUAGGAAACAAUCGCUGACUGAGGAAGCUUAUGAUUGUCAAUUAAAUUCUCCUUGUUAGUUCAUAGGAAAUAUUUAGAUAAUAGUAUGGAGAAUAUGCAUAUUAAUGAAAGGGUGUAAAGGCUUCCAAACUUACGCCGUUAUCAAAUGACGGCCGGUUCCUAUCGAGAUACAAUCGACUCAAAACAGUUCUCUGCUCUGAUGCAAGUAGUUUGUGAAGCUCAUUCUUCUGACGCUCUUCUUCAUCAUCUGCAUGCGUAAGAAAGAGAAAACAAUUAAAAAGCGAAAAAAACGGCACUAAUAUGUUAAAAUGUCAUACUUAAGCUCAAUUUCCACAGUUUUCUCCGGUCCGGUCUUCGAUCCUCCCGAAAAAGACUUCCCGGGAUGAGCGCAGGCUCAUUUCCCGAACGGCGGGUGAUAAUCGAGCCUACAUUACACAACACUGAGUGACAACCUUGAUAACUACAUUUGAGGAUUUAAGUAGAUCACUGCCUUUAUAAACCAUAGCCAGUGAGAAUUGUAGUCAAAUACCUGGCAAGUUCUACAUGCCGAAUGAGCAGCUGGGAAUUCAGAAGCGGAAGGAAAGUAAUAUUUCAACCUCUGCCACACCUAUUAUGCAUAUUAUGUUGGUGCGUAUUAAACCCGUCGAAGUGAUAUAAAUCAAUGAAUUUUGAAUAUAUGAAAAUCAUACAUGUGUAUUGCGGUUUCAUAAUAUGUAUGAGAGCGAGUAGAGAAACCCUACUUAAUGAAUGUAAACGAAGAAGUUAAUUCAUACACGGGUCUAUGAAUUGUAACUUCUUCGGUUACAUUCAUUAAAUCUGUAAACCAGAGUAGCAUCAAACCAUGUCUGAUUGUCCAGCUGGUUGCCGUGUGAACUUUAAUAUAUUUUAAACCCUACUUAUUUAGUGGGUGGAAAUAAGGCCUGAAAAAAGAAUGUAGGCCCGUUGGCGAUUUGGACCCAUGACCUCUGCGAUACCACACAUAGACUCCCGGAGUGGCAUCAUUGACCUUUGCAGUGCCGGUGUAGUGCUCUACCAACUGAGCUAACAAGCCAACCGGGUGCUGGUCAUCUAUAACGGUUUAUAACGAUUACUGUUCAGAAGCGAUAACGAAAAUCUCCUUUAAAAGCAGGCACUUUUAAUCGGUACAAAGACGGUAAAACGGUAACGGCUUAAAAUACAAACUCAAAAACAAAAACCUCCAAAAUGCGACUAAAACUGAAAAACACACUCGCGAGAAAUCGUACGCAUAACAUGCUUACGAACUGGUCAAAUUUAAAUGUCUCAGCGCGCGCGCGCUUAUCGCACGACACGCCAGUCCGGUACUUUAUUCUUAACAAUUACCAUGCUCAGGUUUUACACAAGCACUCAAAGUUUACGAUCUCUUGACAAUUCUGUGAUAUAUUUCUAUACAUAUUCUGCUAGAAUUUUAUUGUUUAUACAGGCCCCCAUUGAUACCAGCUUGCAGCUGAAUUGGGCCAGCCUGGUUUAUUGCCAAUGAAUAAAUGAAAUAACUGAGAAGGGUAACGUGACUUAUUUGUCUCGUUAUCAAAUUAUCGUUCUAAGCUUCCUCGAUGAGUAAAAAAAAAAAAAUGAAAAUUUCAUAAGAAUUACCGGGACAGUGUGUUGCAAAUUAUUAGACCGCACGGUCAGUAUUGGUUAAAGAUUUUGUUAUUCCUUACAAUUAGGCGAUUCCGGAACACUUAAACUUUCCCAAAGUGUAAUAACCCUUAUCGUCUACUCUGUCUUGGUCUAUGUCAGUAUCCCUAAACGUUAGCUGCUUAACCGGCAGAUGUGUCUUGUUAGUAAGGACACCACUAUCUUCACGCCGUACAUUGUCAUUCAUACGACAGUUACACUGUUCACUGUUUUAUGCGCAUGCGCACGUUUGUUCUUAAUGUGCUGCACCACUCCGGUAGGUCAUUUUCUCAGAAUUAGUUGAAAGCCAAAAGCCAUCCAUCAAUGCAGAAACAAAGCAAUGAACUGCUCACAGUGCGGGUAAACAUUGAUGAGACACACCAGUUGAGAUAUGCUCGCUCCUUUGAAGUACAUGUUUCGCGAGUAGACUCCCGGAGUGGCAUUAUUGUCCGCUAAAGUCUUGUUUUCGCUGUCGUGACUGUCGUGAAAGUCACACCAACUCCUUGUUAAUUGUUAAUUUUGUUACUUUCCUGUCCUUUUCACACUUGUGUUUAGCUCUUCCGAGAUCUAAAAUGAAGAAAAAAGGCUGACAAACUUAACCAUGCGGCCAGGUUUACACGCGCUCCUACGCGCGUGUUACCGCGCAUCUGCAAGUGUAUUAUGAGGCAAUUUGCGUCACAAACGAAAAAACAUUACUGGGAUCGAGAUGAAAUAUGGCGGCCUUUUUGAGUUACAUAGCAAGAUGAAUAUGGAAAGAACUGCCUAUUCUGAUACCGCAGCAGAAGCAAAAAUGGCAUUUAAGAGAUUUUUCAACUUCCAGUUUAUGUCAUCUGCUGUUUAUGUUGCUUGAAUGAAAAAUGUGACUCGUAAAGCAGCUGAUAAACUCUUAACUGGAAACCACGUGAAAUCUUCACGUCAACUGCUAAGGUAAACUUUUACUGACUUUCAACACAGCGUUACGGAUACAUUGAAUCAUUUUUUCUCUGCUUCCUGUUAUUUUUAGUUGCGAAGCAAGCCUGAAAUCUUUUCGGAUUAUUCUGAUAUUUUAAUACUUUUUGUGCAACUUUAAAUGUUUAGCGAGAUAUUCAAGUACGUUACUCCUCCAGGGAGCUGAGUUUGCAGCACAAGGUUCUCAAUCGGGCUGAACACAUUUCUUGAUUGUUUUUUUCAGUUUAUGUCAUUCGAUAUUCGUUAGUCGGCACUAUCUGAGAAAUAAUUGUAUAGCUGGUAGUUAAUCCGAAAUUGUCAGCAUAUUCACAUUCUUCAAUUUUUUAAAACUGUCCAAUUAAGGAUUAAUUUGAAUAUUAUAAGUAUCCAAAUUAGUCCUAAUUGAACAGUUUUGAAAUAUUAAAGAAUAAUAGCUUGACAGAGUAAAACCCAAUUAUGGCUGACUAGGUAUGAGUAAGAGGACUAUAUGCUUGUCCAAUUUUGGAAAUAAUUGGAUGCAAAAAAAUUUUGUGAAUUUUCCAACUUGAACGGCAUGUAGUCCUAUUACAUAUACAAAUAUUGCAACUUACACGUAGAGACUAAACUUCGGUAAAGGAGAAUAACUAAGGGUGGGGUGGUAGUACUUGGGGUGCUGUUGGCCUCUCAGAACCCCAAUAGUCUAUUCUGCAGCAAAUUAUGGCAAAUAUAAUUGUCAUGAUCCCAACUUGGUCACCUUCUGUUUCUGUUUAUACAUCUACCUUAUAAAGCCCUUAAAGUAGAUCAUCCUGCCAUGACCCCUGACCCCUUGUGCUGAACAGAUCUUGAACUGUGCACAAGAGAUGGGUGACUAAUUACUAACCUGCAAUGGAGUGAGCUUCACCAACAGAGGCUGCUCCUCAGUCCUGAUCUGGGAUGCUCAGUCCUAGUCCACCAAAAAAAGGAGAAGGGUGUGAAAACUGUUUCGGAAACAGAACUGUCAUGCUGCACUAAACAGAUCUUGAACUGUGUACAAGAAAUGGGUGACUAAAAGCUGACCCACGAUGGAGUUGGCUUCACUUGCAAAAUCUCUUCCUCAGUCUUGAUCUCUGAGAUGCAAAGACCUGGUCCACCAAAAAAAAAAAAAAAAAAAAAAAAAAAAAAAGGAGAAGAGUGUGAAAACUAUUUCAGAAACAGGACUGUCUUGCUGUGCUAAAAGAUCUUGAACUGUGUAUAAGUAAUUCUGGAUAAUCCUUUCGUUGGUAUUAUUUUUCUGUCCGUAUUUCGAGGCGAACUAUCUCAGUGUGCAGCUCAGCCAACUGUUAGCCAUGUACGCACAGCAAAGCAAAAUUUUGCUUUCCGGGAAAAAGAGAGCCAUGUUUAUUUGCGGAAGUAACUGAACUCGUAUUCUUGGAAAAUAGUUUGUGUCUAAGGAACUUUAAGGCAUCUAUAGUCGUAGUAAACUUACUACCCGGUGGAAAAGUUGAGGUUCUUAGCUCGGUAGAAUGUAUGUGCAGAGGCACUUGAAUGACACAGGAUUCAUUCAUUGACAUAAAAUUUACGAGAACUUAAGGUUUAACACAUAUUAAACUGUGUUUUCUGCGUAACAGCAUGACAAACAAUCCGUUUAUUGUUUUCCAGUUCUUCACUACUUUUGAAACUUUUUCAGUCUGCCAAAUAAUACAAGUGUAGCUGUACUUGAUCACUUAAAGUUAUUUUUCACAAUAUUUGAAUAGAUCAGUCAUUCUUCCUGCUCUUAGAGAAUGAGGUAAUUGUGUGAUACAUUAUAAUAAAAUAAGACUGAUAAGACUGCUGUUAUUUUGAUAUCUUCACUUGUAGGUUAAUAAACUCAAAAUUGACAGUAAUAAUCCUGUACCACCUUCUGAACAAAAACCACCUCAAGAUGACAAUGGUAUGAUUCACCUUAUAACAUAGAGCUACAUGACCCUAUGAUCCCAGUGUUACUCACUAUUUAUCAAUAUUCACCCUUUAACUCCCAGAUUAAAUUUGUAAUUCUCUUUACUGUCAACCAUAAAAUUCUUUUAAUGUUAGUUCAGAGAGUUAAGUAUGGGAUUAAUUAGUAGUAGUUUAAAUAUUGCAUCAGGAGAAAUUCCCCUCUUUUGUGUUCUAUUGGAUGCACACACAUCAUGAACACAUACAAUGAGAAAAUGAAGCAAUUUUGCAAAAUUAACAUGAGUUGCAUAAAAUUACUAGUUAUGGUUCGAUAUGCAUAUGACACGUUGGUGAGAAAAAUAAGAUAACUUAAAGAAUUUCACCUGACAAGAAUCCUUUUACAGUUUUGGUUGCAUCUUGUCGCAUCAAUCUUUGGCCAAUUGCAAUGAAAUAGAUAGCUGGACACCAUUGCACUGGUUAUGCUAAUGCUAUUAUUGACUUUUCACUCAACAGAGACUGCAGAAGCUGUGGCGGAGGCUUCCCUAUUAAUCAAAGUUCUAAGGAAUAAACUGGUCCAGAAUAAGAAUGAAGUUGAAGUGCAAAGGAAUGAUCCAAACUCUCCACUUCACUCUGUCAAGUCAUUUGAUGAGUUACCUCUGUAUGUAUGCCUUCAUUUCAAGUCGUGAUUUGAAUUUACAGAAAGCUUAAUAUGGUGAAGACAUUCUUUUAUUGUUUUCUUCACUGUGAGACUCAUAAAAAACCGAAAAACAGAAUGUGUAUGGAAUUUUAUUGUGUUUUAAGGAAAAUGUCAGCUAGGGGUGGGAGAACUGAACCAUAAAUGGCAAUGGUAACAAUGGUUUGAGAUUUUGAGAUUUGUUUGCAAAACAUGGUUGAUCAAUAUUGGUCAGAAUCAAAUUAAUUGAGCAAACCUUUCUCUGAGUUUUUUUUAAAGCAAAAAUUAACAUUUAUUGAAAUUUGUCUCUCCAAUGCAGACUGAUGUUAAAUAAUAAUUAUUAAUUGUAGUUAAUAUGCCACACCCUGAGUUUAGAAACUCAAAUUUUGAAAAAAAUGUUUUUUAAAAGAAAUCCAAUAAACUACUAGUGGAGUCUUGAGAAAGUUGCUUCAUUUUGGUUUCUCCAACAAAUGCGCACAUGCACAAAUUCUCCUACAUUGAAAACAGGAAUUCUUUGAAUCCUUACCAUCAAUUUCAGAUGAAAUGAUAUGUACAUCAUAUCUUUUAACUUAGACUUAUGUUUGAUCAUAUAUUGAUAUUGUUCAACCAGUAUCUUUUUCAUUCCUGUCAGACUUUCAAUGUGUAUAAUUUUUAUGUAAAUCAACUGGAAAUUUGUUCUUUUGUUAGGUUGUUGUUAGCUUAGUGCUUUGGCAUUUGAUACAGACUUUGAAAUUUUCUAUUACUAGUUUUAACCUAUUGAUGGUUGAAGCAUGUUUUCCAGAUGUUCUCUUGGAUCCCAAAUUUGUUGCUUUAACUUGAAUUAUUUUGUGAUUGUCAUAACAACUUUCUUUAUGAUUAUUAAUGAUACUUUUAGUUCUGAUUUUGUUGGCUUGAAGAUUGAGCUCUAAAUGUUAUGAAAAAUGGUUUCCUUUAGGUCUGAACAACUGCGUAAAGGAGUUUAUGCCAUGGGCUUUAAUAAACCAUCCAAAAUUCAAGAAACAGCCUUACCCAUGCUCUUAGCAGACCCGUAAGUAUUCACAAGACACGUUUUGAAAUAGUGUUAACUUGUUGGAUUUUAUAAUGUGCUUGUUUCUUGUUUGUGGAAUAUCAAAAAGACAUUUAAGAGAAAAAAAAAAAGAUACUUCUAUAUACUUAGAGAAUAACACAUGGGCCAGUGUAGAUAUCGAACUUCUUUGCAAGUGUUCAACUCUAUAUAUUAUGACUUAAUGAAUGGCAAACGCUCUGUCAUUCCUUUAUCAACCUGACAGGUCUGACAGAAUGGUAUGUCAGCAGCUGAUGUGUCAGCAGCUAAUUGGCAAUAUUAAUUUUACACAUGUGUAGUAACCACUUUUCUCAGGGCUGGCAACCCUUGUGAAACACCGCAGGUCAUAUGAUUAAAAUGAAUUUAUGCAUGUCCUGUUCAAAUGAUGCCUGAUUGUACUUGUAAAGUCCGCCUACAAGAGGGCAUAGUAAGAUUUUUCAUCAUGAUUCAAUCAAGACUGAAGAGCUUACCCUGCCUUCUAUGCCUGUUUUUAUAUUGCUCCCCUUGGCUGGGAUACACUUAUCAAGUGUAGCAAAUUAUCCCAUGAAGAAAGACUCUGUGAGAGUUAACCCUUUUACUGGGAAGAUCCAAUAGUUUUUCAGCAUGCCACAGUAGUGUAUUUCUUGCAAGGAUUUGAUAAUUGCUUUGCAUCAUCUCUCUAUUUUUUUCAGGCCAAGUAACAUGAUUGUUCAGUCACAAUCAGGAACUGGAAAAAUUGCUGCCUUUGUGUUGACUAUGCUUAGCAGAGUUGAUGCUACAAAGGCCUACACACAAGUAGAUAACCACAUAUUUCUAUCAUAGCCAGCAAUGCAGUUGUCUUAUUAGGGGGAGUUAACGUUACAAGCUCAUGAUCGUUAAUCCACUGGAUGUUAGUCACCCCCUUUAUUACAGAUUUCUUUCUCUCUCCAGCCUUCCACCGCUGUAAAAAUCAAAACAUGACAGCAGCAAUUUUCACCAAGAAAAUACUGAGCACUUGCUUGCCAAAAUUAUACCUGUUCUACAGGCUAUUUCUAUCUUGGUGAUUUUAAUAAUACCAUAGUAGUAAUUUUCCAAAUGGAUGGUUAAAAGUUCUUGAAUUUUCAGAUGAAGGAAGAUAAUUAUAAAAUGAUAAAAAUUGCAUUUUUUCACAGUUAAGUUUUACACAUGCUGAUUGAAAUGUUCUUGUCAAAUAUGUAUUUGAUGUAAUUAGAGGUGUGCAGUGGGUUAAUAAAAAUGAAGGUGAAAAAAAAUAAUGAUUUUGAUGUAGCAGUUACCAUUUUCCAUGGUUUCAUGUUGUUUGUUUUCAGGUGGUGUGUUUAUCACCAACAUAUGAGCUGGCAUUACAAACAGGCCAAGUUGCUGAAAAAAUGGGACAGUUUUGUCCAGAGAUCAAAAUCGGUUAUGCAGUAAGAGGAGAAAGAGGUGAGAAAUUUUAUCAAAAAAAUAGAACUGCCAACCCUUUACACCCUACAUCAGUAUGAAAAUUCUCCCCACUGUUCUGUAUACAUUUUCUUAAGUGCUGAAAAGGAGAAUUUGUUUAGCAAUCAGAGGCUUCUUUAGUUGGUGAUCAUUUCCUUAAUUCUUGUCACCUUAAUGUGUGAUCCAAGGUGAUUAUGUUAGGAGAAAUUAAAUGCUCAUCACUCUCAGGGGUCAAAGGGUUAAUAGCCAAGAAAUACUGAUUUAGUGAGUUCCCUUGAAACAAAAGAUGUGCAAUUAUUAGCAAAGCGAAUUCUUGCCAAAUGUAAAUCUGAAAAGAGCAGCCUUUUUUACCGUUACAUUAAUAACAGAACCAUUCUUUUUUUAACAGUUUCAAGAGGCCAGAAAGUAACAGAUCACAUAAUAUUUGGAACACCUGGCACCCUCCUUGACUGGAUUUUAAGACACAAAGUUCUGGAUCCAAAGAAAAUCAAGAUGUUUGUGUUAGAUGAAGCUGAUGUCAUGAUGGCUCUAAAGGGACACCAAGAUCAGUCAAUUAGAAUACACAAGUAAGUCUUGAGCUUCAUAUUUAAGGUGGAUAGGUCGCUGUAUCAUGAAGUGACUUGACGUAUUGCUUCUCUCCCCCUCCCCCUUUGGAUGGAAUGGUGGCAUAUGAAGCAUUUCACCAGGUUUCCCUGACAGUUGGGAGAUGCAGUGUCAGUGCGCUGGACUCGGGGUUCAGAGGUGCAGGUUUAAGACCUGGCUGCAUCAUUUUGUUGUGUUCAUGGUCAAAAUACUUUACUCUCACAGUGCCUCUUUCCAGCCUGGAUUACAAAUGGGUGCUGGAAAAUGGUCCGGAAAGCCUGAUUAAAUUUUGAGGUGGGGGGUUACCUCACAAUGGACUGGCAUCCAUAAUCCUCCAAAUUGUUUCAUUCCAGGCAAAUGAAAAAGCUGCAGCUGGAUGAGCCUUUGGUUUGAGUACAAACUUUACCUUAUGUCCCUGAUAUCACUAGGUGUAAGUCUAAAGUACUGUGAGGGGAAACUGGAGGCCUAUCCUGGAAAAAACUAAAUGACUCAGCCAGGUCACAAGUCAGGAACUCUUGAGCCAGAGUCCAGCACACUAACAUCUCCCCACUUGUCAAUGAGAUGAUGUACAGUGCAGAUAUUGUUCCCUUACUUUCCUUAUCUCAGAAUAUCCCCAAGAGCUUGAUUAAGGUAUUAAACAAUGUUCCUUUGUUUCCAAGGACUUUACCCAAAGACUGUCAAAUGCUGCUUUUUUCUGCAACAUACGAUGAUGAGGUGAUGAAGUUUGCAGAGUCUGUCUUACCCAGUCCAAUGGUGAUUCGACUACGUCGUGAAGAGGAGAGUUUAGACAACAUUAAACAGUACUAUGUUGUGUGUCGGAGUCAAGAGGAGAAAUUUCAGGCCCUUUCAAACAUGUGUGGAGUGGUGUCUAUAGGACAGUGUAUUGUGUUCUGUCAGGUAAGUAUGGUUAACACUGCCAAACCUUAUCCUCUUCUCUAGAACUGUGUCAACCAGUCAAUGACUCUAAAUGGGUACAGUUGUGACAGGUUAUGGUUGUUGUUGACAGUCCUGAAUCUUAGUGUGCAUUUUACAAUUUGAACAGUGUCCUGCCCUUUUGGACCAAAAGUCUAGGAUGGCAUUUGAACUUCGGCAUAGAACAGUGCACAUGUCUGAACUGUGAUUCUGGGCCUUGACAUCCUGUUGGAUUAUAUUGUAUUAGACACAUUUCUACAAUGUUGAUAUUCUCAAUGUACGCAUUUUUUUUUUUGUACAAAACAAGGUAGCAAAAGGAAUAGAUUUUGUUUUGAGAAAGGGAAAGGGUCUGAAGGCCUAAUACACAUCAUCCUCAACAUUCCAAGGAUUUUAAGGGGAAAUUGCUUUGCUUUGCCUGAGUUUGAGUUCAGGUUUAAAGUGUGCUGCUAAGGCUGUACUUGAUGAAUUUUGACAUCAACCAAUUGACCCCUGAGAGUGACUAGAAUUUAAAUUCUCCUUACAAUAUUAACCCUGAAUCACACAUGAAGGUUACAAGAAAAAAGGAAGUGAUCAUAAAAUUAAAGAAGCUCUUGAUUGUUUAACCAAUUCCCCUUGUUAGUGCCAUAGAGAAUGCAAGGUGAACAGUCUGGAAAAUAUGCAUACAGGGUUUGGGUGUAAAGAGUUCAAAGAGGUUUUAUUAUUUCAGACCCGUAAGGCAGCCUCAUGGCUGUCACAGAAAAUGAGCCAGGAUGGACAUGCUGUGGCACUGCUAUCUGGUGAGAUAGCGGUGGAGCAGAGGAUUGCAGUCCUAAACAGAUUCCGCUAUGGCAAGGAGAAGUUGCUCAUCACAGCAAAUGUCUGUGCCAGAGGCAUAGAUGUCGAGCAGGUAAAGAACUAGCCUUUGUAUGUGAGACACAAAUACUGAUAGCAGGUGUGGUUAAGGGGGUCCUGUCUUUCUGCUGUUUCAUUUAUCACAAUUAAGGUGUUAGGUUUUUAAUGGCUCAUGUUUUACUUGAAGUGAUUCAGGGAUUGUCAGAAUAACAAAUAAUUGGUUAAGCUCCCCCCUCCCUCAAAAAAAAAAACCCACCCCCCACCCCACGGUAGUCACAGGUAUUUUUUCAGGUCAGGUGAUCGUAGGGUGUCAAGAAAAAUGAUUUGUCAUGGUGACACAAUGAGUUGUGUUCCCAAAUGUCUGGAAGACUCUUGUGGAGGACUUCUUCCUGGCAAACAUCUCCCCUGCCCAAGCAUCAGUACUGGUUACACCCUUAUUUGGAGAAAUUAACUUGUAAAAGUGAAAGAAAGGUUAGCCAAUACAGCAAGGGGUGAGAGGGGGGCUGCUGAAAGCUAGUGUCAGUGAUGCAUGUUUUUACAGGGUUAGGGGGCAUAUUUCCUAAGUUGAGGGGAAGGAGGUCUUUAUAAAAAAGCUGUCAGUUGAAUGAUAAGAUUUGGGUUUCUUUCGCAGGUGACAGUUGUGGUUAACUACGACAUGCCAGUGAAGCCCACAGGCAAACCGGAUUUUGAAACGUACCUACACAGAAUUGGUCGGACAGGCAGGUUUGGCAAGAGUGGCAUCGCAGUGAACUUUAUUGAUGGUCAGCGGUCUAUGGCAACCGUGAAGAAAAUUGAGGUACAUUUUGGAAGAAAAAUUACACUUCUCGAGACCAAUGAUGUUGAUGCAUUGGAGAAACUUUCAUAAAAAGACAUGUCUCUAUUGCCCAUAGAGUUUUACCAAAACAAGACGACGUCCGUUUCAGAUGCACUUAAAAAGUUCUCCAUCUUAAGGAUACGUCGCCCAUUUGAUAGCCAUAAUCUUCAGUUUCGUUUGUUCACAUUUUGAACCCAAUAAACUCGAGGGUUUGCUUCCUCUCUCAGCCAAUCAAAUCGUAUGACAGUGACUUUACUUUCCCUUCAUUUACACGUGUAGUUCCUAGUGUUUUGAUUGGCUUAGAGCAUUGGAAUAUAGAAAAGAUAUUUGUUGUUGCCUCUUAACCCUUCAACAUCCAGCAGUGAGUGACUCAAAACUUCUCCCUGUAAUAUCUUUACAUUAUCCAGCAAACAGGUAAUGAGAACACUCCAACUUAUCAGGUUGAAGUUAUUGUGGUCUUAAACCAAAUUCUUCAAACCAACUUACGAGAAAACGUUUAGGGAAUUAAAGGGUUAAAAUGGAUUGUAUUUUACUUUCUCUUUCCACGUCAUUCGCUGUUGAUUGGUUACUUAAAAACCUUUUUAUAGAAAGGCUAAUUAAAGAUAGUUUUAAAGCAAAGGGACUUCCUUUUAUCUUGUUCCAAACCUGUAUUAAAGGAAAUCUGUUGUUUAGGAAUUACAUGUAGAACUUAAACCCUUUGAGUGUGGUAUUGGAUCAACUGAUAAUCCCCUUAUUGAUAUUUUUCUUUAUUCUCAUCCCUUGUCUGCUUGAAAUUGUAUUUACAUUGUAUGGAGAAACAACGUCUUGGUCACUUGUGGGAGUGAAAGGGUUAAAGCCGAGACUUAACUGGUUAGAACGAUCUCUUUUGAGUUUGACAAAUCAACAGCUUCUUGGGUACUGCGACGGCAGUGAUGUUCAUUAUGUGUUG